AUGUCUGUUGCAGAAAGGAGAACACGAGCUCGAUCUCUGUCUCCUUCUGCUUACCUAAUCUACAUAAGGAUCUACAGUCUCCUGAUCGCCAAGCUGGCUAAAGGGGUAGAUCUUGAUGCCAAAUCAUCCCUUAAUCGGAGCUUAGGUUAA